AUGAUGCAAAAUGCAGCCGAACAGGAUCAAUUGGAGAAGUGCAAGGUAGCGCUACAUACGCCUUUCCUCACGUUCCAAACUGUGAAAGAGCAAAGGGAGGAAAGACAAAACAUCAGACGAUCAAAUCCUACUGCACUGUUUAAAGGGGAUGCAAGAGUUGUGGCUGAUGCCAAGGACGACGCCAGAGCGACUCUUAAGGAAUUAGCGAACACUGCCGUCAAGAGACAAGGGCAAAAAUAUUGGACUCCACUCAGUCGAUAUCUUCUUCUCAAGGCCACUGGAUGUCUCAAGAGAGCCCAAGGAAUCUCUGGUAACGGCAAAUUGGAUUCUCAAACGGCCAUAAGGUGGUUGCGUGAUACUGUGGCUGUCAUGGGAGAAAAUAGGAAAUCGUCUUCAGGUCAGAAAUCUUCGUCAAAGGGCUCUAGCCGCUCUAGAAAGGAUGAAUCCAGCAUCUAUGUAAUGGAAGCAAUCGAGUACCUCAUUGAUUGCUUAUCCUUGGUCGACGAGAAUGAUGCCAGGAAAGUGAGUCCAAGUAACUCCACUAGAAACGACCAGAGACCUUCGAGUGAUGGAUUGCACGGGCCCCCGUCUCAAGACCCGGACAACAAGCCUCAUGUCCCUGUUGAACCAGAGAAUGAAGGAAAGAAAGUGGGGCUGCACCAACAGCGACACAAGUCGCGCACGCUGGAUCAAUAUUUCUACUCUUCUUUGCCUGAUACAUUGAGACGAGACGCGGACCAAGUCAUUCGGCGCUAUCAGGCCAGGAAGUGCAGUGCAAGCAAAAUUCCCCAUGGGGAACAGUCGAUUACAGAUGAGAGAAAUAUCAAGAAGACCUCGGGCUCCAAGAGCGAUCAAAAUGCAGCUAAGACCAGCAUCCCCGGCCUGGACUACCAAGACGAUUUCAAAAUAUGCAUGGUGGAUCAGCUGUGGCUAUGGGUUCUUGAUGACAAAAGCAUCACCACAUGCUUUCCACACACCAGCGAAGAUCUGCCCCGAGACGGAGAACAGCAGGAUUCUCUGUUAGAUCGUAUCCGUGAUCACAUCAACCGAGAUAUGCGCCCACAAAUCCGGACUGUAUACCAUCUUGCAGCAUUGAUUGUCAGUUAUUUUGUGAGCUCGAUCGAUGAAUGUCAAGCACAGACAGGAGAGGGGCCAGAGACACUGUUCGAUAUGUUCUCGGGAUCUAUAGGUUCAGUGGCCGAUCAAGAGGUCAAGCUGUUCAAUUCCUUCAAAAGUGGUCUAGGGGUAGACGGGACCUAUCUGUCACUUGAGCAAGACAUCGAACUACUGGAAGAGAUCAAGGAUAUUCGGGACGAACUUAACAUCCUUGAGCGUAUUUUCGACGAGCAAAAAGAUCUCACACAGAAGCUCUUCAGUCUUGCUAGCAAUACUAAUCUUGAAGAUCUUAGCACAGCGAUCCGCAAUGACCAGGCCUUGCAAUACUACCACCAACGAGCCGAUGUUGGCUUGCGUCUUGACAGAAUAAGAAAGAUGGAUGAAGAUGCCAAAAUUUCCUACGAUGCGACAAACUAUCUCUUAGAUUUGAAGCAGAAACAUGCAAACGUCAUGGGAGCAAAAGCGGCCCGCGAACAGACAGAGGAGACUGCUGACCAUUGA